UCAUGGAGGCCUCUUGCGAUCUUGAAGUGGAUGUCAAUGGCGAAGAGAUUUUCAUUUUGGACAAGGAAACGAUUUCUUCUUAUUCAGGAAGAAUAAAUAAGUUAAUCGGAAAAUCCCCUGGUGGGACGAAAAAUCUGAACGUGAUAUUCCAAGACUUCCCUGGAGGGGCAGAGAGUUUUGAGCUCGUGACAAGGUUCUGCUACAACAAAGGAAAAGUUGAGAUAAAUCCCUUAAACCUUGCUCUCUUACACUCUGCUGCACAAUUCCUGGAAAUGGACAAAUAUGUCCUGGAACCCCCAAUUUACUUGAACAAACAGAGAAAUCUCUCAAGGACAUCAGAUUUACUUCCUAUUGUAAAUUCCACUGAUAUACUACAUCAAUGCUUGGAUUCUCUUGUUGGGAGGAUUGUGUUGGCCAGUGAAACAAGCCCAUGCCCAUCUUCUUCUUCACCAGAUAGUACUGGAUUUCGGCUUUCUUGUGACACUAGAAGCACCGAUAGCUUGAAAAAUUGCCCUUUUAGAGCAACUUGGUGGUUUGAGGAUCUCGUGGGUUUCUGUCCUGAUUUGGUUGAAAUGAUAUCAAAAUUGAUGAUUUCCCGGAGAUUUGAUCAUGCUACCAUAAGUAGGUUCCUAUUAUAUUACCAGAAAUCAAGGUCUAUUAGCAGUACAACAGAUGAGAAAAGAAAAAUUAUCGACAUGGUAGUGAAUGUGCUCCAUUCUCUAGAUUGGAGUGCUAUUUCGUGCAAGAACUUGUUCGGAAUUCUUCAGAUUUCUCUGCGUUUAGACAUACAAAAAUGUUGCAGGAACAAGUUAGAGAGCAUGAUUGGAUCACAUAUGGAUCAAGCAACACUAGACAAUCUGCUUGUGCCAGCACCACCAGGAACAAACUAUCUAUAUGAUGUGAAUUUGGUCCUAAGGUUCUUGAAGUCAUUUAUGGGAAAAGGAGCGUGCUGCAUACCAUUGUUUCGACUAAGGAAAGUUGCUAGCUUGAUGGACCUAUACAUAGCAGAAGUCGCGCCAGAUCCCUGUUUGAAACCAUCAAAAUUCUUGGCUCUAGUUAGGGCCCUGCCAGAUUCUGCCAGGGAUAACUGUGAUGGAAUCUACCAUGCCAUGAACUUAGGAAAAGAUAAACAUCUGUUCGGAUUGAAUUAUGAGAAGCUAUCCUCGGAAGCUUGUGAUCACCUCACUCGGAACAGGAAGUUCCCUUCAGAAUCUGCCACCCAAGCUCUCAUCUCUCAGCAGUGCAAGCUCAGAAGCUUGCUCCAGGAGACCGACCCAGCCCAAACUUUUGUGGACUCCCCAUGUAGCUUAGCAGGGAUUGAUUUGAAAGAAAAGAAAUAUGAUGAGGCCUGUGAACAAAUUGUGCUUUAUGCUGGAAAGCUCAAUCUCUCAUCUGAGAAUGACAAACUCAGAGCACACCUCCAAGGUAUGCAAUGGAGGGUGCUUGAGCUGGAGAAAGUUUGCAGGAAAAUGCAAUCCCAAAUGGCAAAGAUCAUGAAAUCAAGAUUAUCAAGCCAAAGUACUGCUAGAUCCUUGCCCAAAUUAUGUUCA